AUGUCAGAUCCAGACUCAACAACAAGCCCAGCAGGCAAAACAAGACCAACGCUAACUUCGCCCCUUAAAAUCACUUCGGACAAACCAGAAUCUGCUCCCAGUUUCCCAAUACUUGCUGUCACUAGCUCUGCCUGUGGUUCACUUGCUGGUACUAUUCUGAUUGGGACCGUCUUGGUUGUGAUUUGGAACAGGAGAAGGACUAGGAAUCCUCCAGUAGGGCUGAAUCCCGGCGUUGUUGUUGGGAGCAACACAAACACAGCAGCGUCUGUAGUGGCCAGUGCUAUUGUAUUGGCCAGUGGUGAUAAUCGCCAGUAUGUGUAUGAAGAUGUUGACUGCCCGCGUGUUAAGACAGGGCAGGGUAACAUUCAAUGUCUGAACAUUGGCAAUCUAUCCCAUAACCAAGUGCUAGCUGCUUUAAAGCCAAAUCAUAUGUAUGCUGGUAACACAGCAGUUUCUGUAAUGGCCAGUGGUGAUUAUCACCAGUAUGAAAAUGUUGACUGCCCACGUGUUAAGACAGGGCAGGGUCAGUAUCAGGCUAUCACUGAGCCUAACACAAACACCACAGCUACUGUAAUGACCAGUGGUGAUGAUCAGACAGGGCAGGGUCAGUCUCAGACCAACACUGAAUCCACCACACACACCACAGCUACUUUAGAUCACAUCCCAGCAGCCAAUCAGCAAGGAGAAACUACUCCGACCUGA